GUCUGAAUGCAUUCACCAUGAGUGCGUAGGGUCUCCCGAGUCUCAGUUCAAAUGCACCAAGAGAUAAAAUUCAAGUGUUGCGACAGCCAAGCUAGACCCACAAUCAUCGCAAGAUACGGGUUGGAGGAGAUGUUUGAAAUAGAAAAAGAUCAUCAUGGAGUUCGAUCUCCGUGACCGGGAGAAGACUGUUCCAGUAGACCCGACGCUCAGCUGCUCCAAGAACGAGCCCGCUGGCCUACCCUGGACAAUCUUCGCGGGCAAGAAGCACAGCGUCACCGGGCAGUUCUGUCAGGAGGUCGAAAAGAACCCCAAAUCCACAUUGUCGUGGAUUGCUGACAUCAAUGGAAACAAGCAGUCCA